AUGGUAGAGUUUUUGAGUAAUUACUUCCGUUCAGUGAUCGCUCUUACUCCUGAUGAUUUAUUACCCAGCGUGUACAUGUGUUUGAACCAGCUGGCACCUGCAUAUCACAGCCUGGAGUUGGGUAUAGCGGAGACGUACCUGAUGAAGGCAGUGGGUCAGUGCACUGGUCGCACAGUUGCGCAGUUACGGGCGGCGGUGGCGCGGGAGGGUGACCUGGGGACAGUAGCGGCGCACGCUCGCGCCACACAGCGGACAAUGUUCCAGCAGCCACCGCUCAAGGCCCGGCGGGUCUUCAACGCGCUCAAGGACAUAGCCCGGAUGACCGGUCAAGCUUCAGUCAAUAAGAAAAUAGCAAAGAUCCAGUCCCUUUUCACGGCGUGCAGAAAUUGUGAAGCGAAGUACUUAGUCAGGUCGCUGGAGGGCAAGUUGCGUAUAGGUCUGGCGGAGCAGUCCGUGCUGCAGGCACUGGCGCUGGCUGUCACCGUCACGCCUCCUAGUCCUCAAGGUCAGCUAAUGCUGGACGCCUCCAAAGGAAUAUCUCCCGAACAAUUCAAGGCACGAGUGGACGCUAACGCGUUAUUAAUAAAGACUACGUACUGCGAGUGUCCCAAUUACGACGCCAUUAUCCCCGUGCUAUUGGAGCACGGUGUGGAGUCGUUACCUAAACACUGCCGGCUCACACCCGGCGUGCCGCUCAAGCCAAUGCUGGCACAUCCCGCGCGUGGAGUACAGGAACUGUUCGAUAGGUUCGAGGGUUCACAGUUCACGUGCGAGUGGAAGUAUGACGGCGAGCGAGCGCAGAUACACGUACCCUCCACAACUGACGACGGAGCACCGGACUACAGUCGAGCCGCCAUAUUCAGUCGCAACCAGGAGAAUAAUACCAGCAAGUAUCCUGACGUGUUAUGUCGCCUGCCUUCGCUCCUGAAGGAUAACACCAGAAGCUGUGUGCUGGAUUGUGAGGUGGUCGCAUACGAUCCAGUACAAAAACAAAUACUGCCAUUCCAGAUAUUGUCGACGCGCAAACGCAAAGACGCGAACGAAUCAGAUAUAAAGGUCCAAGUGUGCGUGUUCAUAUUCGACCUGCUUUAUCUGAACGGAGAACCGCUGGUCACCUCGCCGCUCAGGAAGCGACGGGAAUUACUCAGCGAAAACUUCAAUUAUACACCAGGUGAGUGGGAACGGGCCACGCAUAAAGACUGUACAAGUGCGGAGGAGGUCCAGCAGGAAUUGUCCGAGGGGGUGAAAGGUUCCUGCGAGGGACUCAUGGUGAAGGCUCUGGAGGGACCGCGCUCCAAAUACGAUAUAGCGCGCCGCUCACACAACUGGCUUAAGUUGAAAAAAGAUUAUUUGGAAGGCGUGGGUGAUACGGUGGACGCAGUGGUGAUCGGUGGUUACUACGGGAAGGGGAAGCGGGCGGGGACGUACGGAGGGUUCCUGCUCGCCUGCAGGGACGACCAGGGGGAUGAGUACCAGUCCCUCUGCAAGAUAGGGACCGGGUUCACUGAUGAAUUGCUACAAACACUUACCGCUGAACUCAAACAACACGUUAUAGAUGCACCGAGAAGUUAUUAUAGAUACGACGCCGGUCACAUUCCGGACGCGUGGUUCUCUCCUGCGCUAGUGUGGGAGGUGAGAUGCGCGGACCUAUCGCUGUCUCCCUCGCACCGCGCCGCACAGGGUUUGCUCGACAGAGACAAAGGCAUCUCACUCAGGUUCCCCAGGUUUGUGCGGUCACGUGAUGACAAAACUCCAGAACAAGCGACGACCGCCCAACAAAUAAUGCAGAUGUAUCUCAACCAGGACCAGGUGAAGAACAAUACGCAAACACAACAAGUGGAAGACGACUUCUACUGA